CCGGCCAUGGCCGAGCCGCGCUCCAAGCGGCCGCGGGUGACGCUGCCCCCGUGCCCCGCGCACCGCCCGCUGCCCGGCAGCCGCGUCCGCCACGGCUUCCCGCCCGCCGUGGAGGAGGCGCUCUGCGGCGUCACCGGCGCCCAGCUGGAGCUGCACUACUGUCUGCAGGCGCUGGGAGAAUAUUUUGAUCAGUCACAUGUGGCUCUACCAAAUAUUUCGAAGUUCUUCCUGCAUCAAGCUCUGGAAGAGAGAAAAGCCGCAGAGGCGUUGAUGAAGUAUCAGCAAGAAAGAGGAGGCCAUUACUGCUCUAAAACCAUCCAGAAACCAAACUGUGAUUAUGCAGUCGGUCUGAUGAAAGCCCUGGAACUAGCAAUGGUACAAUGGAAAACUAUGCUACGAUAUUUUGAAGAGCUUUACGCCCUGAGUGUUGAAAAUGCAGACCCUCAUAGCGCAAGCACUAUCAAGAAACAAUUUAUUGGGCCCAAAAUCUGGAAGAUCAAGCUGAUGGGAGAUCUGCUGACCAAUGCUCGCAGGCUCGACUGUUCCCAGGAUGGCAGAAAUAGUCUUGGGGAUUACUUUAUGGACCGUUUGCAGAAAGAGUUCAGGACCAGCAUAGAGCCAGAGUCUAGUGAUCCCUGCAGCCCCUGYCCACCUCUCCAGCAGUGUGCAGGAGCUGCAGAAGGUCCAAAGCGACCCCAGAGAGAAUGCUCCCAGCACAGAAAUGGCAUAGGGCCAAUAUAUGCAACCAUACACUGCACCACGAUGCUGCCACUGGGUAACGAUGGGACAGGAGCAAAGGUGAAGCAGGGCAGGGAGRGCCUUUAAUGCUGAGGCUGCUGCAGCUACAGAGCAGCUCCUCAGGCAGAGCUGUCCAGAGGGUGGAGCUGGGACCACAACUCGGGAGACACAAUGCUCUAUCACUCCUGCUUUACACCCUGUGCCCCAAGUCGUCUGCUGAGUUGCAGCUCAGAAUCUAGCCUAUACCAUUAUUUGGUUUAAAUAAGGUUGCCAGCUAGAUUGGCAUGCUUAUCUAUGCAAUUCUUCCUAGAAGCCAAAAGCUCUUAAGCUGCUUCUCUGUUUUAAAUGAUUAAGAGGAUUAGUUAGUGCAUAUUAUUUUAAAAAUAUAUGUAAUUUUUAUUAAAACAAAACCCACUGUACCUUUAGUGCAAGGAAACUUUUAUGUGGUAGAAAAUCCAAAUCCUUUAUUACAUAUWACUGAAUAUUUUAUAUUACUAUUACGUAUUUUUAAAUUACUAACAAAUACAGUAACAUAAUGAACUUCUUUUUAAAAAGACUUGUUUGAAAACAAAGUUUUCUAUCAUAGUAACAAUUUAAGUAAGUAGUCUAAUUAAUUUACUGAUCAGCUAAUUGUAAUGGUAUACUUGUUCAGGAUGAAGGAUGCAAAUAUUUCCUCAACAAUGAGAAUAAGAAAACAUGCUGGUUUUCUCUAGUUAUUGCCUAGWUGGUUUUUCUCAUCCUCAGAAAGCAGAUGAGAGAGAAAUUAGGAGUUCUCAUUAGAUGAGAUCUUUAUAGGUCCUAAGGCAUAUUUUGCAAGUGUCACUGAAGACAGCGCUCUGAUGCCCAGGGCUCUGUCCAGAUUUAACCUAGGAUGAUCACUUUAAUUAUGAUACAGAUCCCUAUYUCAGCUAGCUCAGUAAACGUAUUACUGUGGCACUCCAGUUAUUUCUUAUAUUCCUAUUUGGUACCAAGUAGGGCAUGAGAUCCUAGUGAAAAAAAGCACACUCAACUAGAAUUGCAACAGAGAGAAUGGCCACUCAUUAGUUUUUCUUUCAAUUAGGGCAGUGUUAGCCAGCUUGGUUACAGUCCAGAGGUGUCCAAAUUCCUCUCAUUCAUCUCCUACAGGAAUGCCUUUCUUUCUGUACUCUGGCUCCCACGGUCACCUAAGAAGAGCAACUGGCUAGAUCAGCUGCCUGCAGUUAGGGGCUUUUUGUCAUUUUAUCAAUCUUUUAAGCAGUUGGGGUUUGAUUCAUUGAAGACUGCCUCACACUUUCAUGUAAUGCUUUUGGUGAUACUCCUAUUUUGCUUGAAAAUAAAUUCACUGCUAUGUUUGCAUCUCCACUGUAU